AACUAGAAAUGUUAAGGUUUGAAACUUUGGAGCUGAAAAUAGGAGAGAAAUUAUCAUAAAUUCUUGUACUUGUGCAAGUAAUCCUUUUGGGUUUUGUAAGAUGAGAAUGUCACAGCUGUUUUGUCUUACUAAAUUGGUUUUUCUCGGAGGAAGAAGAUGGCAAUCUCGGGUGUUUACGUUUAUAUAUAUGUAGGUAGCAUGUUUUGUCUAGGUGGGAGGUUUAGCUGUAUACCCAAUUCUCUAGUUCUCUUCUUCCCAUUUUCCUCCUUCCUAUCUCCCAUACACAUUACUCUCUCUUUCUCCUUCUCUCAUCGAAUCAAGGCAAUAUUUGGAAGAGAGAGGUAGACACAUGCCAUUGGGCUUUUGGCUUUGCUUUCUCUCCCAUUUACCCACCUCAAUACUCUCUGGACUUUCCUUGCUUCCUUUUUAAUCUGCUUCUAUCUUCCCAAUCCUUUCAACACCUUCUUCACAUCAAAGCAUAGGGAUUUAAGAUACAGACUUCAAGAUUUAAGGGUUUUGUUGCAAGUCCACAAUAGCUUCGUCCUUCUCUUUGACAAAACCCUUUGAUUUUACUUUAUAAUGCAUUCGAGCUUGUAGAUUUUAUUGGCUUUUCAAUAUCGGAUGCAUUUGAUUUGUAUCUUACCAAAGUUUUGAUUUCUUCUCAUUUGUAUAUGUGUGUCUAAGCAAUUUCUUUGAGGAUUAGGGUUUCUUUGUUGCUGGGUUUCUUUCCUGUUUGUCUUCCUUGGAUUUAGGUUUUUGAGGUUCAGUUAUAUACCGAUGCUUCUUCAGUUUUUGUAGGAUUUAGGAAUCGGGUUGAAGGGGGUUGGUGUGUUUCUAUAUUAAAUUUGAUUGAGAUAUGAGCCGUAGGGUUCGGCGAAAAAUAUCAAGGAAGGGCAAGGAUAAGUUGGUUUUGCCAGGUUAUCAAGAAAUUGAGGAUGAGAUUUUGAGUUCUGAGGUCAAUGGAGUCGUCGAUUGGACUAGCUUGCCCGAUGAUACAGUGAUUCAGUUAUUUUCUUGUCUGAAUUAUCGCGACAGAGCAAGCUUGUCAUCUACAUGUAGGACAUGGAGAGCUUUAGGAGCUUCUCCUUGUCUAUGGAAUUCUUUGGAUCUUCGUGCGCACAAAUUUGAUGUUUCCAUAACAGCUUCUCUAGCAUCAAGAUGUUCCAAUCUUCAGAAGCUUAGGUUUCGUGGAGCUGACUCUGCGGAUGCAAUAAUUCAUCUUCAAGCUAGAAACUUACGUGAAAUAAGUGGUGAUUACUGCAGGAAAAUAACUGAUGCUACUUUAUCCGUGAUUGUGGCUCGGCAUGAGGUUCUUGAGAGCCUCCAGCUUGGGCCAGAUUUCUGUGAGAGAAUCAGUAGUGAUGCAAUAAAAGCAAUAGCUCUUUGCUGUCCAAACUUGAAGAAACUUCGGCUAUCUGGAAUAAGAGAUGUUUUCGCUGAUGCUAUCAAUGCAUUGGCUAGGCAUUGUCCAAAUCUGACUGACAUAGGAUUCUUGGACUGUCUGAAUGUUGAUGAGGUUGCAUUAGGAAAUGUUGUAUCAGUUCGUUUCCUUUCCGUUGCCGGGACAUCAAAUAUGAAGUGGGGGGUUGUUUCACAUCUUUGGCACAAGCUGCCUAAAUUGACUGGUUUGGAUGUUUCAAGAACUGAUAUUGGUUCCACUGCUGUUUCUAGGUUGUUGGCAUCCUCUCAAAGCUUGAAAGUUUUUUGUGCCUUGAAUUGCCCUGCUCUUGAAGAGGACAACAGCUUUACUACCAGUAGAAACAAAGGAAAAUUGUUACUUGCAUUAUUUACUGAUAUUUUUAAAGGACUAUCUUCAUUAUUUGCCGAUACCACAAAGAAGGGAAGGAACGUGUUUUUUAAUUGGAGGAAUUCAAGGAACAAGGACAAAAACAUAGAUGAGAUUAUGACUUGGCUUGAAUGGAUCUUGUCCCAUACUCUUCUGCGAACUGCUGAGAGCAAUCCACAAGGUCUAGAUAAUUUCUGGCUAAAGCAAGGGGCUGCACUGUUGCUUAGUUUAAUGCAGAGCUCCCAAGAGGAUGUUCAAGAGAGGGCAGCCACUGGACUUGCAACUUUCGUUGUUAUUGAUGAUGAAAAUGCUAGCAUAGAUUGUGGAAGAGCGGAGGCAGUUAUGCGAGAUGGUGGCAUUCGCCUUCUUUUGGACCUUGCAAAAUCUUGGAGAGAAGGGCUUCAGUCAGAGGCUGCAAAAGCUAUAGCAAACUUGUCUGUGAAUGCCAAUGUUGCAAAGGCUGUUGCAGAAGAGGGGGGCAUCAAUAUCCUUGCUGGUCUGGCGAGGUCAACAAACAGAUUGGUUGCUGAAGAGGCGGCUGGUGGAUUAUGGAAUCUCUCAGUUGGAGAGGAACAUAAGAGCGCUAUUGCUGAGGCUGGUGGUGUGAAAGCAUUAGUUGACCUUAUAUUCAAAUGGUCUUCUGGAGGUGAUGGUGUUCUGGAACGUGCAGCCGGUGCAUUAGCAAAUUUGGCAGCUGAUGACAAGUGUAGUAUGGAAGUUGCAGUUGCAGGAGGUGUACAUGCACUAGUGAUGCUUGCUCGAAACUGCAAGAUUGAAGGAGUGCAAGAGCAGGCUGCUCGUGCCUUGGCCAAUUUGGCUGCUCAUGGUGAUAGUAACAGUAACAACGCUGCUGUUGGACAAGAGGCAGGUGCUCUUGAAGCCCUUGUUCAACUUACACGCUCUCCCCACGAAGGUGUCAGGUAGCUCAUAAAAGGUUCUAUAACUUGGCUGUUUUCAACUGCCGUUACACGUGUUCAAUUAAAAUUUUUCUUUCUUUUCGAUUAGAAAACACAAUUACUGAGCAUGUCACGUUUGGUGCAAUGAGAUGUGGAUGGAAUGCGUGCAAUAUGAUGUACACCAAACUCUUGUCAUCUUUCAAUUAAAGCAUAAUUCAAUUUUUCAUAUUCUUUUUCAGGAACGUGUUUUAUGAACUUUUAAGCAGACUACGUUAAUUUUCCAAAAAAAAGAGGGGAUUGUCUGGUUUUGUCUUGCCCUUUAGACAUCUGGACAACUGUCCGUUCCAUUGAAGCUGUAUUUUCUUCUGAUUGCUGAAGAUGUGAUUUUAUGUUGAACAAUUAGAGGCUCAGAUUUACUGAA